CUCGAGUUUUUGGCUAAAAUUUUCAAUCGCAUUUAUUUAACAUUCUCCUUAGUUUCUGAAACUCCCCUUGCCGGGUCUCCAAGGGGUCAAGAAAGUACUGCUUUCUGGCUUCGCGGAGUCUCAUCAUUCUCUGUUUUCACGCUUACUUCAUCCACACGCAAACUCAAAUCCAAACCUAACCCUAAAAAUGAAUACCACGGAACUCAAACGUGUGUUCCAAAUAUUCGACAAGGACGGAGACGGUCGGAUCACUAAGAAGGAGCUAAACGAUUCAUUGAAAAACCUCGGGAUCAUAAUACCAGAAAAGGAGCUCGGGCAGAUGAUCGACAAGAUCGAUGUGAACGGCGAUGGUUGUGUCGACAUUGAAGAGUUUGGAGAGCUUUACAAGACGAUAAUGGUGGAAGACGAGGACGAGAUAGGAGAAGAAGAUAUGAAGGAAGCGUUCAACGUUUUCGAUAGGAAUGGAGAUGGGUUUAUUACAGUGGAUGAACUGAAAGCGGUUUUGUCUUCCUUGGGACUCAAGCAAGGUAAAACCUUGGAGGAAUGUAGGAAGAUGAUAAUACAAGUGGAUGUUGAUGGUGAUGGUAGAGUUGAUUACACGGAGUUUAGACAAAUGAUGAAGAAGGGUCGGUUUUUUAGCUCUUUGAGCUGAUAAUUAAUGAUCUUUUUUUCGUACUUUGGUUUAUUUUAUUUUUCUGAUUAACCAUUUUUCUCCCGCAUUCUAGAAGGAAAAAUCACAUGAUUGGUAAAUGAAGUGUUUAAUAGUCUAAGAUUUGCGAGAGCACAUUGUAAAAAUUGUAGACCUGUUUGUUUGUUAAUUAAUUAUAAUGUGAUUGUGAUGCUUUUUUUUUAUAAACUGAGAAAAGACGAAAGAACUGCAUGGAGCACAAAACCCGCUCUCAUUUGGAAAAGCAACAACCAUCAGAGCUGCACAAUAAAAAGAAAAUUAAUCCUCAAAAAUUUGAUUCCUAAGAACCUAACCCCCUAUGAUAUGGAUUUAAGCUAGACACUGCAACGAGAUUGCAGAAAAAGGUCUACUACACCAAAGGAUGUGUUUGCACCAUAAUGACACCACUUAACCAGCCCCUAUAUGAACUCGCUUCACCAAACCACCACUUCUGACUCGCUAAAAGACAACACAGAGACAUUGAGAGGUCCAGGUGAUCAGAUACCAAUAUGACAAAAGUAUUAUAUAUUUGAUGAAUUGAUUCAAGAUUUAAUUUAGAAGAUGUAGUGCUUGUGUUACUGUUCGUUUCAGCUUUUAGAAUUCUGACUCUCAACAGUUUAAAUUUUAGAAAAAUAAUAUGUACUGAUUACUUUGGUUAGAGUUCAGAAUAUGUUAUUGCUUCCCUUUUUUUCUUCAUGAAUAAGGGUUUCAUUAUGCUAUAAAAUGUGUUUAACUGGACAAAAAAAGACACUUUGUAUGUUUUUUCACAUGAUGUUUCGGCCUUUCUAAUAAUGGUCACCGUCAAUCCUUUCCAUUCCACAUCAUAUUGUGCGUUCCAUCUCGCUUGUAAAAACCUCAGUACAAAAUUGGGUAGCGAAAUUACGUCUCUCCCAUUGCCAUCCAGCGCUAAACAAUACGAAUAGUCACAAUAUAAAACCCAAUAUAAAACCCAUGAAGAUAGUUGAUUCGAUAAAUAAUAUAGUGUUCUAGUUUAACUAAUAUCCCAAGGCCGAAGCAGAGAUAAAGCUGAUGUAAACACUAUCAAUUUCUGAGUUAUUCAGACUACGAGCACAUUGGCUUUAUGCUAGUGUAUAGUUAAACUCAGACAAUGAAUCGAUCAAUAGAUUUUAAAAACAGAUUAAAAAGACAAAACGCCUCAGUUAGUCCAUUAGCUUCAUAGAAAUUGCAGUUUCUGCCAAGGGGUUCUCCCUGAAAACAGGGUCUCAGCUCCACUGCACCUCACAUAAUUGGAUUUCCUCAUCGGCAACAAAAACAAAACAUUCAUAAAACUAAAAAAAAGGCUCAGAUUUUAUACAGCUUCUUCUAUCAAGAAUUUUCUGAAGCAGAACUGGCGUAAAGCUGUUAAUUUUAAUCAUCACUGCCGGAAAAUAAAACUAAUAUAAUAAUGAAUCAAAGAGAAGGCUCAUAUUAAGAAAUUCAACCAUUGUUUUCCGAUUACUUCA